AGUGGGGAGUGGGCUACCCAAUUGUGUUUACAUGAAGUAGUGUCUUUGACGAUUGCAAUGGAUCAAUGCAAAGUCACGAAAGCAUUUAGGUGCGUAAUUUUUCACAAUGCCGAAUUUGACAAGAACUCGUUGCACAAACCGAAGCCGCCUGCCAAGUGCUUGAGUGUCAACCUGAGUUUUUUUUUUUUUGUGAAACAAGAACCUGAGAAUUCCGACUUGCGCUCAAGUUCACUGUGAAUUCAGAGGGCGGCUAAUGGAAAUUCAGUUUCCUGGGAGAGAAGACACGGCAGAUGCAGCCGAGGACGCUCCCGCGCGGCCGCGCCGCCGUCCUGCGCGCGGUCACGGGAUGCCGCGGCCGCCGCGAAGAGCAGGCCCUCCACUGCCUCGUCUGCAAGCUCGGCCUCGCCUCCGACGUCGUGCUGGCGACCGCCUUGCUCGUCCGCUACGGCAAGCACGGCCUCCUGGCUCCGGCCCAGCGGCUGUUCGACGAGAUGCCGCGCAGGGACGCGGUCGCCUUCAACGCCAUGCUGGCCGCGCUCGGCGCCUCGGGUAGGGCGGAUGACGCGCGGAGGCUGUUCGACCGAAUGCCGGAGCCGGACAGGACCCCCGCGUCGUGGAACACCCUGCUCACGUGCUACUGCAGGGCCGGCGACCUCGCCUCCGCCAGGGCAGUCUUCGAGGUGAGCCUGCGCGCGGCGACGAGCAGCGUCGUGUCGUGGAACGCCAUGGUCGACGGGUACUGCAAGGCCGGGCGGAUGGACGCUGCACGGGAGCUGUUCGACCGGAUGGGCUCAUCACUGCGGGACGUCGUCACCUAUAACACGAUGAUGGCCGGGUACUUGCGCCGGGGAGACCCAGCCGCCGCCAUCGCGAUGUUCCGCCGGCUGACGCAGGAGGGGGAUCAGGAGACGCCGAGGCCCACCGCGGUCACCAUUGCCACCGUGGUGACGGCUUGCACGCAGGUGGGGGACUUCGGCUUUGGCCGGGCGGUCCAUCUCUCCGCCCGGCAGCUGCUGGGGACGAGCCCCGACGCCGUGCUGAGCAACGCCCUCAUGGACAUGUACUUCAAGUGCGGGAGCGUGGACCGCGCGCUCGAGGUCUUCAGCGCCAUGCCGCCCGGCGCGCCCAACCUCUUCUGCUGGAACACGGUGAUCGCGGGGCUGGGCAGGAACGGCCGCGGCGAGGACGCCGUCAGGGCGUUCCGCGACAUGGUCGAGGCGAGCAAGAAGAACAACGAGGUGAAGCCGGACUCGGUGACGUUCGUGGCGCUCCUGUCGGCGUGCAGCCACUCGGGCCUGGUGGCCGAGGGCCGGGCGCUCUUCGGCGAGAUGCUGCCGGCCCACGGGGUGGCUCCCGGGGCGGAGCACUACGGCUGCAUGGUGGACCUGCUGUGCCGCGCGGGGCUGCUCGGCGAGGCCGUGCGGCUCGUGCGGACGAUGCCCGUCCGCCCCAACGCCAAGGUCCUGGGGUGCCUGCUGCUCCACGCGCGCGGCUCGGGGGACGGCGUCGCGGCGAGCGAGUGGGCGGCGGGGCGGAUCGCGGAGCUGGACGGCCGCGACGGCGCCGCGUACGGGCUGUCCAACCUGUACGCGUCGCUGCAGAGGUGGGAUCACGUCGAGAGGCACCGGAGCAGCGCGGCCGUGGCGAGCGGCAAGGAGCCUGGACGGACCAGCUACGAUCCGCAUGCGCGCUAGUUCGAGGCACCGACUCGUAUGUUUUCUGCAAGGAGGACACACACGUGCACACACACGGCACCGCACGACGGGAGCAGUGAUAGGGAGCCCACGUCUGCAGUGACGUUGGCGCGGCGUAAGCACUUGCGGUAGCACUCAACGGAUGGGAAUGCGAGAGAACCUUCCCGUGUCUUCUUCCUAUCGGCACCUGGGGCAAAAGUGACCGUUCGGUUUUCUACUCCCUCCGUUCGGAAUUACUGGUCGUAGAAACGGAUGUAUUUAGAUAUAUUCUAGUUCUAGAUACGUCUAUUUCCGAGACAAAUAAUUCCGAACGGAGGAAGUAUAUGCAAAAAAGGAAAAACAAAUUGCACGA